AUGCGGUUAAGUGCCGAGUGCGCAGAGCAUCUCCCUCCUUGCGGAGCAGAUGUCUUCGCUGAGAUCACACUCAUCAGAGACUCGUCCCGGGCUCACACGCGGCACCGCAGUCAUGCAGAGUCCAAAAGGUUGAGAAAGGAGUGCAGAGAUCUGGUUUGUGUGUGUGCUCAGGCGCUGACGCUGCUGGACUAUCUGGCUAAGACGGGCUCGGAGCGCGUGGCCCAGCAGUGCCGCGAGAACGCCUUCGCCAUCCAGACGCUGCGGGACUUCCAGUACGUGGACCGGGACGGGCGCGACCAGGGCGUGAACGUGCGCGAGAAAGCCAAGCAGCUGGUGGCUCUGCUGCGGGACGAGGAGCGUCUGAGGCAGGAGCGGGCGCAGGCGCUCAAGACCAAAGAGAGGAUGGCGAGCGGCGUUCCUCCGGCGUACCCCAGCAGACGCAGCAGUCAGCCCAGCAUGAACGCUCUGUACGGAGAAGAGUUCAGCCGCUCCAGAGGAUCGCCGUCAUCCUUCAACUCUGAGCGGCGCGGCCAUCAGGGGGACGACGCUCAUCUGCAGAAGGUUCUGGAGGAGAGAAAGGGCGAGCGAGACCCGCGGCCUUCAGAGGAGCGGCGCGGCCAUCAGGGGGACGACGCUCAUCUGCAGAAGGUUCUGGAGGAGAGAAAGGGCGAGCGAGACCCGCGGCCUUCAGAGUCGGCCAUGAUCGAUCUGGUGGAUAUAUUCGGUCCCGCGGACCCCUGGGACGCCCCGCCCACCUGCCCCGUGAACUCUGACCCCUGGGAGUCUGUCGGAUUAACCCAAAUCCACCGCAGCGUUCGGCUCGAUGUGAGUGCUGACACGCCCCUCCACAACAGCCAAUCACUGCCUGCCGUUCGGUGUGUCCUUCAGCUGUUGUCACGGAGACGCAGCAGGGCAUCCGCUGUCUCUGUGCAGGAGCGGCGCGGCCAUCAGGGGGACGACGCUCAUCUGCAGAAGGUUCUGGAGGAGAGAAAGGGCGAGCGAGACCCGCGGCCUUCAGAGUCGGCCAUGAUCGAUCUGGUGGAUAUAUUCGGUCCCGCGGACCCCUGGGACGCCCCGCCCACCUGCCCCGUGAACUCUGACCCCUGGGAGUCUGUCGCUGUAGUUAAGUCUAGUAACCCGGGGGCUGAUAGUCCCUGGACCGCCCGCCCUUCCUCCACUAGCCCCGCCCACCCAUGGGGAAUCCACCAAUCACCUCCUGAACCCUGGGAUGCCCCGCCUUCAAACUCCAUCUCUAAUAUGGAUGAUGAAGCCUGGAGGAGCCCAGCACGACCAGUGUCGAGUGUGAAGGACCCGUUUAGUAUUCCAGAGGAGGAGGGGCUUAGAGUAGAAGGGGAGGAGCCUAUAGUGGAGCAGGCGGGCCCAAACCAAGUGUUCAGUCCUCGCUGUGAGAGUCCUGCAGAUGCCGAUCAGUUCGGUGAGUUGGUGGCUGGUGUUCAAGUGAACGGACGGGGAAAUGACAGUCCAGAGACCUUUGACCUCUCUCGCCUCGGGCCCCCUCUGGACGCGGUGACCCCCAGACAGUGCCGGACCCCCAAGGCAUUCCUCGGCCCCACCGCUGCCUCCCUCGUCAACCUGGACACACUUAUUCCCAGCAAUGCGCCGGUCAAGAACAAAAACCCCUUCCUGUCAGGUUUGAGCACACCGUCUCCCACAAACCCCUUUCACUGUGAGCAGCCCAGACUGACUCUGAAUCAGAUGCGUCCUCACUCCACAUCGCCGCUGCCGGCUCACGCUCUGUCCUACAGCGCCUCCCUCCCGCUGCCCGUCCUGCAGCAGAGGCCCCAGACUCUGCCCUCUUCCUACACGCAGCCGCACCACGGCCUGCUGGACAUACCCAGCAACCUGCCGCAGCCGCUGCUGCCCCUCACAGCCUCCACCCAACAAACACAACACCCCGGCCAAAGCCAAAACCCCUUCCUCUGAGGAACCACAUUUACACGUGGGAAACGGAUACUAGAACUGGAUUACAUUGAUUUAGUUUCAGUGUGAACAGACUGAAGAGCAGAUCUAAAGCCUAAAUAAUGGGGAACGGAGACUGAAACCGGAUUACAGUAAUUUGGUUUCAGUGUGAAUGGACUGAAGAGCAGAUCUAAAGCCUAAAGAAUGGGAAACAGACUUGAACUGGAUUACAGUGAUUUGGUUUCAGUGUGAACGGACUGAAGAGCUGAUCUAAAGCCUAAAUAAUGUGAAACGGAGACUGGAACUGGAUUACAGUGAUUCAGUUUCAGUGUGAACGGACUGAAGAGCUGAUCUAAAGCCUAAAUAAUGUGAAACGGAGACUGGAACUGGAUUACAGUGAUUCAGUUUCAGUGUGAACGGACUGAAGAGCUGAUCUAAAGCCUAAAGAAUGGGAAACGGAGACUGGAACGGGAUUACAGUGAUUCAGUUUCAGUGUGAACAGACUGAAGUGCUGAUCUGAAGUCUAAAGAACUACUUACUGUUGGUUUUUAGCAAAAGUACUUUUCCAAUAAGACGAUACACAUUUAAUGCUGGCUGGCUUUAUUAACUUACAUGCGUUCGUCUGCAUUCUGCGUGAUAAUCGCUCAGCCUGGAUUAUCACAUUUAUUUCGAGUUUAAAGUCAACAUGAAAUCAAAAUGGACUCAUUUUACUUUCCUAACACACAAUCCUGAUCCUAUUGUGCACUUAUAGGGUUCCCACUCUUUUUCAGUGAUCAUUUUCCAGGACUUGGAGGACUUUUCCAGGACAUUUUUAAUGUAAUUAGAAAUGGGAAUUAACUACAAGAAACACACCCUAAAGUAACAUAUUCCUCUCUCCAAAGGUCUUUAAAAACAUACAGUUUAUGGUCAUGACAUAACUAUAAAAUCAGCUCUUUAAUAUGAGCUCUUAAUUAUACAUUGC